UGCACGGAGGAGAAAGCUCCCGCCAAGGGUGACGGGGGUGCGGAAUGCGCCAUGCGAGCCCGCAAGAGGAAAGCCGAUGUGGCCACGUUCUUACAGGAUCCUGAUGAAGAAAUUGCCAAAAUGGAGAUGAAUAGAAAAAAGCAGUAUGAAAACCAGCCAUCCUGGAAUAAUGUUCACAAAAAUGCCCAUAUGCUGAUUCCUACUCCGGAUAAAGAUGAUGAUCCAGUUGGUGUCGAUUACUCUCACUUUAUACAUCUAAGUGUUGUUUCAACUAGAGCUUCACCAUUGCCAGUUCUGGGCUGGGCAAACAGAGAGGAUGUAUGGAAAAACAUGAUAAACAAAGAGGAGAAGUAUGUGAGGGAUAAACAUUAUAUGCAAAGGCACCCUCUCCUGCAACCUAAAAUGAGAGCAAUCCUUCUAGACUGGCUAAUGGAGGUUUGUGAAGUCUACAAGCUUCAUAGAGAAACUUUUUAUUUAGCUCAAGAUUUCUUUGAUCGGUUUAUGGCAACGCAACAGGAUGUUGUAAAAACACUAUUGCAGCUUAUCGGUAUCUCUUCUUUAUUCAUAGCAGCAAAACUUGAGGAAAUUUAUCCACCAAAGUUGCACCAGUUUGCCUAUGUUACAGAUGGAGCUUGUACAGAAGAUGAAAUCCUCAGUAUGGAAUUGAUCAUUAUGAAGGCUCUUAAUUGGAACUUAAAUCCACUGACAGUUGUAUCAUGGCUAAACAUUUACAUGCAAGUUGCAUAUUUAAAUGAGUUUUAUGAGGUAUUGCUGCCACAAUAUCCACAGCAAAUAUUUGUACAAAUAGCAGAGCUUUUGGAUCUCUGUGUGCUGGAUAUUGGCUGCUUGGAAUAUACGUAUGGAGUACUUGCAGCUUCUGCUUUGUAUCACUUCUCCUCAUCUGAGCUGAUACAGAAAGUUUCAGGUUAUGAAUGGUGUGAGAUAGAGGAAUGUGUCAAAUGGAUGGUUCCGUUUGCAAUGGCCAUCAGGGAAGUAGGAAGCUCCAAACUCAAACACUUCAGAGGUAUAGCUCCUGAAGACUUGCACAAUAUACAGACGCACAUAAACAGCUUGGAUUUGCUGGACAAAGCUCAAGCAAAACAAGCCAUAUUGGCUGAGCAAAGUAGGACUUCACCUUUCCCCACUGGUGUCCUUACACCACCACAAAGUAGUAAGAAACAGCCUUCUGGAGUGAAGCCAAUAUGAGUUUAGAAACUGUUGACAGACAAUUUUGCUGCAGUGCCUGCUCUGCUGGUUCUAACUCCUGCUCCAUUAUGGAAAUGCUGCCAGUGAAGUUCAUAAGCUUUUAUGGAAUCUGAAAAGAAAAUCUUACUUUUUUCGUGACAGAAGAAUUUUUCUAUUUGAAAUAAUUUUAUUGAACAUUAAAAUAUUUUAAAGAAAUGGAUCAAGUACACCAGCCACUUAAAAGAACACCGAAGAGUGCUCCAAAUGCUGCUACGGAGGGUGAUGCUUGAUGUGACCAACUGUGGAGAAAAAGGGCUUGAAGUUUAGAUUAGUUACUGUGCCUGUUUGUCCUCUGGAUAAUCUGCAGUCAUGCUGUCCCUUUGUAACAUGGGGGAAAAAAGGUGCUGUGGAAGACUACAUUUCAAAGCCUCUUUUCCAAAUGGUUGGCUUACAACUUGAUGCCUUU